AUGAUAUCUUAUAAAUUUAAAUUAAUUAUAUUUUCAAUAAUAUUAGGAGCAUUAUCCUUAAUUUACAAUGUAAGAAAUACGCUAGAGAAUCACUGCGAUGGAUUAUAUAAAAAUAUAAACUAUAAAAACACCCUAUUAGUGCCAACAAAGUUUAGAUCAUUAGGAGAAUUGUUAUAUGAACCUAAAACAAAUCAUAAGCAUGAAAAUAAUAAAUUAAGAGAAUACAGAAAUACCAAUGAAACUAAUUACAUGAAAAAAAAAUAUCCAAAGAAUCACACAAAAACAAAACAAAAUAUACCAGAGGUAACACAAAAGGAAAACACCUUAGCAACAAAUUUAAAGAAAUAUAGAAAAGAAAUAUAUGGUAAAGAAAACGAAACACAAACAAAUAGAUCUUCUCGUUCCCUUAAAUAUUUAGAAAUGCAAAGAAAACUUUAUAAUAAUUUUUAUGUAAAACCAGAAACGGAUUUUGUACAUAUAUCAGAUAAAUCAAAUGCUAAAAAUGAUAAAUUUUGUGAAUGUCCAAAUAAGAUGAAAUCAUUCAAAAAAUCAUCUUCAUCAAAUAAAAUCAAUGAUAAAUAUUUAUAUAAAUUAAAAACAGGUUGUGUUGGAGGUGUAGGUGUAUGUGCACUUUCCUCUACAGCUAUAGGAAAUUCUGGUAUAGCAGCUGGUGUUACUGCUGGUAUUGCUCCUGGUACAGCUGCUGCUAAAUCAUUUCUCACAGGUAUAUAUAGUGCAUCCAUCGUUCCUAAAUUGACAGAAGCCCUUUCUGGUGUGAGCUUAUUUUCUGAACCUGCCAUAGAAAGUGCUCUUUCUUCUAUAUCUACCAUUAGCUCUGCACAUAUUUCAUGUGCUGCAACUAAAGCGGCAACUGCUGCUAGUGGAGCUGCUUGGGGAACUUUUUCCGCUUAUGGUAUAGCAGCUUUGGUCGUAAUUCUAAUAGCUGUGGUACUUAUAAUAUUAUAUAUAUGGUUUUAUAGAAGAAGAAAAAAUUCAUUGAAAUGUGAAGGAAAGAAACGUUUAUGUACUAAAUUUGCUUUUUAG